AUGAAGGCUACUACCGCAAACCUUACGAGCCUCCCUGCUAAAGAACAAGCGAAAAGGGUUUGCCUUGAAAUAGGGAAGAAGUCGCUUGAUGAAACGAUGCAAAAGGCUCGCAGUCGACUUGAAAAGUUCGACAUUUUUAUCCUUAAAUCUCACCAAAUUGAUUUUUCGUCAAUAAUUGACGGCGACGAGAAUCUCAAAACGAACUUCCUUGGAGAAUGA